AUGAGUGUCGCCCCACAGAAGGGGCAGCUGCCGCAGCUGAGCCUACCUGACGGUGUUACGGUGUGGGAUGGGAAUGCGCUUGAUGAUGCAAGGCGGAAUCAUAAUUCCGAUGGGAGUGCCGAUCGCCUCAUGCUGACCAUCGACAUUCUUGGGGCGCGUAGCAAGGAGUCGCAGGGGCUGAACACCGUAUUGACCUCCGUCGCGCGGCUGCGGGAGAACCGACAGGCGCGGAUGUAUCUGCUUUGCCACGACGGCUACGGCGUCGGUAUUUUAAAGAUGGGGGUGAAGAAGUUGUUCGUGACGCACCCCGCCUACCCUGCGCUGGUGGAGAUUGACCCCCUCUGCGUGCUCGACUUCUUUGUAGACACCAGCUCCCAACGCCGCGGGUACGGAAAGACGCUUUUUGACGCCAUGCUGCUAAACGAGGGCCUCAGCCCCGGGGAGGUGGCCAUCGACCGCCCCAGCGUGAAGUUCCUUGCGUUCCUGCGGAAGCACUACGGCCUGGUCGAGUACACGCCGCAGUCAAACAACUUUGUGGUGUUCCACAGCUACUUUGACAAGUGGCAGCCGCGGCGUGGGAGGGGGUGCAGAGGCGAGGAUGCCGCGUCCGCUGGCGUGCCUGCGCGGUCGCAGGGCGGCAAACUGCGGGUUCACCCCGGCUACCAGGGACCGACGCACACAAUCAACGCGCUGGGGGCAGAUACCACGCACCGUUUCCCGCUGAUUCAAACAACUUCGCAGGGGCCCUCGGCAUCGCCGGACCCAAAGAAAAAAACGGCGUAUGAGUUGCAGUAUGAGGAGUAUAUGCGGGAACAGGCGCAGCGGAAAGAGCAAGGGCAUACGCUUGUUUGGACUGGCGCCCAUCCCGUCUCUUCUUCGGAGGUUGCGGCGGCGGGUUGUGCCCUCAGGCGUCGCGUUUCGCCUACCCGCAGUGGAGUCCAGUACAACAUCAUUAGCGGGGCUCCAGAGCGCUGA